UUGUCAUAUUGUUAUACAGACCGUCAGGCCAAUUUAAAAUACGCAUUUUAAAAUCAUAGUAAGCUGGGAUUUGGACCAAAUGUACGCUGUGAUAUCAUAAUAUACAACAUUAUAGAGAAAACCCGCAAUGGCCAGACACAUCGAAUUUAUGGUGGGGGAGGCCAAAAAAGAUCUCUGCUAUGACUACACGGCUGCGCUCUACAGGCUGCAGUACAGUAGUUGUUCAGCACGUGACCGUCCGUGACGCCAGGUACAUUCAAAUCAUCAUUCAGAAAAUCAUAAUAAUUAUUAUCCUAAGGUUAACAUACCUGUCAAUUCACCGUCAAUUUAUUAAAAAGCACUACCGCAAUGGCUGCGAACGAGUUCAAUUUACCCUGCAGUCUACUGAAGUUGGCCUACAACGCAUGCAAUGAUACUCAGCAGAAAAUGUACGACAAGCUGCCGACUUUACCCGUUGACUUACAAAUUUGUUGCAAAUCGCUCCUCAGAGUUAUGGAACUGAAUUCGGACGUCGAGCGCUUUCGGCCACUUGAAGACCGGCGAUCCAUGUUCGCCAAAGUGCAGCCCAUCGCAAAAUCGCAGUUCGGCGACGACUACAUAAUCGACAACCUGUGUGAAACGGCUGCGAGCCUCGGACACAUCGAUUGUAUGAAGUUCGCUCGCGCAAUCGGUGUCCCGUGGUCUACUUCGACCGAAGAUUAUGAGUCGGCGAGCAACAAGGCCGCGAAAUCGGGCCACUUGGAAUGCCUAGCAUACGCACACGUGAACGGCAGUACUUUGAACGAGUACACGAGCAUGGUAGCCGCGGAAGGGGGUCAUUUGGACUGCCUUAUGUACUUACACAAUAACGGUUGCCCCUGGGACAUGCACACUUGUACCCAAGCUGCGAACUAUGGACAAAUCGAGUGUUUGACUUACGCACGACAAAAUGGUUGUCCGUGGAAUAAAUGCACGUCUACCAUGGCUUUGAUGGGAGGAGAUGUGGAGUGCAUUAUGUAUUGCAGAGACAACGGAUGCCCAUGGGAAGAUGACUUACUAAACAUUUAUGGGCACUUCGGGGAUCCGGAGUUCGUCAAAUAUGUUACGGAAAACGAAUUCCGGUUUAACCGAAAUUCUAGCCACUCGGUUGCGAACUUUGAGAUUCAAACCCGCCUAAAGCAUUUAAAUGAGCCCGGCAUUACAGCGGAGUUUUCUUUCUUUCAUACACCAGUUAAAAGUGUUGCAGCUGUACGAGUUAGGCUCGAUAUGUCGAGGAGAAGAGGAACUCGACUCCGACGUACCCAUACCUGUCAAUUCACCGUCAAUUUAUUAAAAAGCACUACCGCAAUGGCUGCGAACGAGUUCAAUUUACCCUGCAGUCUACUGAAGUUGGCCUACAACGCAUGCAAUGAUACUCAGCAGAAAAUGUACGACAAGCUGCCGACUUUACCCGUUGACUUACAAAUUUGUUGCAAAUCGCUCCUCAGAGUUAUGGAACUGAAUUCGGACGUCGAGCGCUUUCGGCCACUUGAAGACCGGCGAUCCAUGUUCGCCAAAGUGCAGCCCAUCGCAAAAUCGCAGUUCGGCGACGACUACAUAAUCGACAACCUGUGUGAAACGGCUGCGAGCCUCGGACACAUCGAUUGUAUGAAGUUCGCUCGCGCAAUCGGUGUCCCGUGGUCUACUUCGACCGAAGAUUAUGAGUCGGCGAGCUACAAGGCCGCGAAAUCGGGCCACUUGGAAUGCCUAGCAUACGCACACGUGAACGGCAGUACUUUGAACGAGUACACGAGCAUGGUAGCCGCGGAAAGGGGUCAUUUGGACUGACUUAUGUACUUACACAAUAACGGUUGCCCCUGGGACAUGGACACUUGUACCCAAGCUGCGAAAUAUGGACAAAUCGAGUGUUUGACUUACGCACGACAAAAUGGUUGUCCGUGGAAUAAAUACACAUCUACCAUGGCAAUGAUGGGAGGAAAAGUGGAGUGCAUUAAGUAUUGCAGAGACAAAGGAUGCCCAUGGGAAGAUGACUUACUAAACAUUUAUGGGCACUUCGGGGAUCCGGAGUUCGUCAAAUAUGUUACGGAAAACGAAUUCCGGUUUAACCGAAAUUCUAGCCACUCGGUUGUGAAGUUUGAGCUUCAAACCCGCCUAAAGCAUUUAAAUCAGCCCGGCAUUAUAGUGGAGUUUUCUUUCUUUCAUACACCAGUUAAAAGUGUUGUAGCUGUACGAGUAAUGCCCUAUAUGUCAAGAAGUAUUGCAGUUAUCAAGAUUCAUAAUACAUUGAGUGUUAUGAGAAUUGAUAUGGGAAUAAAAAAAAAUUCGAGUUGUCAAGUUUUGCGAGUUAUGGAGGUUUAG